UACACAUUGAAACCCACACUUCUCUGGGAUCGAAAUCGAUGUCGGGUGUGGUUGUCCCUAAGCAAGCGGUUGAUGGAAUCCGGGAUGGGCGAGCUGAUGCUGUGGUGCUCAUCGAGCCUGUUGACGGAGCGAAGAAUGAACAAGGACCUGAACCAUGGCAACGGCUCAGCACAGAAAUAGAGGCUGUUGCCGGCAGCGAAGAAAGAGGGUGUUGGAGCUGGGUACCGCGAGAGGAGUUGUCCGUCCCCAUAGGAUCCAACAAGCUGGAAAAAUGGAGUGCGGCUUGCAUCUACCAGGUCCCAACUCGCAUCAGGGAUCACAGCAGAGGCAGCUACACGCCGCAGCUGGUAUCCUUGGGUCCUUUCCACCACGGCGAGGAUCAUCUCCUGCCCAUGGAGGAGCACAAGCGGCGGGUGCUGCUGCACUGCCUCCGCCGGCGCGGAGCGAAGCCGCUGGCGGAUUUCAUCGAGGCCAUGAACGGAGCGGCGGAUGAGCUGGAAUCCAUGUACUGCGACCUGCCCGUGGAAUGGUCCGGCGAGCAGAACCGCGGGCGGUUCGUGGAGACGAUGAUCAUUGAUGGGUACUUCAUGCUGGAGGUCAUCAGGAUGGCAACUGGUGGGUUAGAGCUCUGUGACUAUGACGCCAACGACCCCAUCUUCGGCGUGCACGCCCAUGUGAACACGAUUCCCUACGUCCGGCGGGACAUGCUCCUGAUCGAGAACCAGCUGCCACUGCUCGCUCUGGAGAAGAUCGUCGCCGUUGAGGGCAGCAAAAAACUAGAAGCGGUUAAAGGCGGAGGUCUUGCAAUCAACGCGAUGGUGCUAAAGUUCCUCUCCCCAAGCACCCAGUGCCCUGAGAACCUAGAAGGACGGCUACGGCUACACCCCCUGGACGUUUUCCGCUAUAGCCGCAUCCAAAUCCAAGGCGGCGAGGAACCAUUUUCCACUACCGGCCUGCCCAACGUCGAGGACACGCCGAUGUUGACGCCGACCGGCGACAUCUCGGCAAUGGCUCUACACGAUGCAGGUGUCCAGCUGAGGAUGGUGAGCUCCAAGAGCGUCAGGAGCGUCAGGUGCGCCGGCCGCGUCCUAAGCCUACCGAUACUGUCGGUGAACGAACUAACCGAGCCCAUCUUCCUGAACCUGAUCGCGUUCGAGCGUCUGCACGUCCGGCUCACGUCCUUCCCGGUCACCGGCUACGUCUUCUUCAUGUCGAACGUGGUAAAGUCCGUGGAGGACGUGAGCCUGCUGGAGUCCAAGAGUAUCAUCAGGAACGCGCUGGGAAACAGCCAGAAGGUGGUGCAACUGUUUGAGAGCCUCAACGCUGACCUGCAUGUGUAUCCCAAGGACAGCCCGUUGCUGGAGGUGCACCAGCGGAUGGAGACCCAUUGCCAGGCGGCAUGGAGCAUGUGGCGGGCGUACGUUGCCCGAAAGUACUUCAGGAGCCCAUGGGCGCCAAUCUCCCUCGCGGGCAGUACCUUCUUCCUACUGAUGACGGUCGCGCGCAACAUCUACGGAUUGACGCAGCGCAGGAUGAUGGACGAGGGCUGACUACUACUGACCCGACCAGUAUAAGUGCCCAUCUAAGUUUUUUCCUCCGUUCACAAAACUUUGAUCACUCGUCUUAUUCAAAAAUGUUCACAAUUUAUCAAUUAUUUUAGUUUUUUGCAUGCGGAUAAAGAGAGACUUGUAUUGGCGGUUAAUCAGAGACAAUAUUACAAUCCGUGGUUAGGAGCUCUAUGACACGCAGGUGCCUGUCCCAACCAGACUGUAGUUUUUGUGUUCUGUCUAGCCAACUGAGCUAAUUCAUGUGCUAUUCGAUUA